AUGAAGGUUCCCGACAAGUGUCUCGAUGCAAUUCAAAUGGUUGUGCACCAAUUGAAUUUAUAUCAAUCUACCGUGAAAGCCUUGGGGACACUUCCAAAGUCACGCACCGUAGAUCAGGAGCUCCGACUGUACAUUUCCCUUUCCGCAUAUCUAGCAGCAAUUCUAUCCGCGUUCAGGGGAGAGCUGACAGCAGAUACCAACAUCGUCACUACAAAAUGGCGGUCCAUGCAUCUUGAUUUACAUAUUGCACUUGCUUUGCAUGAAAGCUCAUUCACGCUGGAGCAGCAGGCAGUCGCUUUGAAAAAGAUGAAAUGGUCCUGGAGUCAUUUCAAAGAGAAGAAGCCUUACAAAAAGGUACAAGAUACCACAGCAGCUGGAUUGCAUGCACAUUUCAGCUUGAAUGGUGACAACAUGUGUGCUGGUCCAUUCAAACACACACGUUCACCGGCUGAUUUGACUGCUGAAAUGGUUCAGAUGCUCCAAUCAGCAACAGAAGCCAAAGAAGAAGUCAAAGUAAAGCAAGAAAAGGGUUUGAAAUCUGUCUCCUUUGGCGGAAAUGAUAAACAAUUUGAGGUGGAAAUCAUGCCUGCACCUCCUCAGAAUGCCACUGGCAGCAAGUUGCGUAAGUCAUCUAAUGGCAAGAUGGUCAAAGCAACUGCAGAACCAGUUACGAACCUGCAUGAUUCUUCUGACAAAAUGGUGAUCAAUGUGGAUGAGGAGGAGGACAAUGCCCCACUGAUUGCACCUGGAGUCAAGUCAAAAUGUCUCGGAAAAGCUGUAGAUCGAAAGUCGACAAUGCAGGUAGCUGGAAGUCGUCAGCCUCGUCCUGCAAGUAUGGUGUCAGAUGAGGAGGAAAGCCACACCGAGCAGGUCGCAAGUAAUUUUGAAGGAAAGAAAGAUACAAAGAAGACAGCAAAAAAUCGGAAGACAAAUCCUAAGGCCACACGGAACAUCAAAAAGGGGAAGAGGAGAUCAGAAUCUCCUGCAGUCAAGUCAAAGGAAUGUGAACAGAAUAGGAUGGCAGGCUCCCCAUCUGAUGUUGAAUCUAACUCAGGUGUGACCCUCCCAGCGAAGUGUGCUGGAAGGAAGGGAAAAGGUCAUCCGCUAAUUGAAUCAGAGGAUGAGGAGUUAGAAGAUGUGGAGGACACCGGGACACCUGGAAAGGAGGAACAAAUGUUGAGAAUAGAGAAUGAAUCUGUGGGUUCCGUCCAAGCGGAGGAAUGUCCAUAUGACCUCGAAAUGUCGCAGGACAGUGCUGAUGAACUAGACGACAUUAUACUUCCUCCUGGGCUGGAGAACUGGGACACAUGGAACAAGGUUGCGUUCGAGCGAGGCAAUUCACAGAUUUUUUUGAAGUUAGGUGCAUGGAUGCUUCUCAGAUUCAGGCAGCUGGCAAUGAUUCCUGUCGAUGGAGACGUCAAUGGCCUCAUCAUUCCGGAAAGUCCACAAGGGAUGUCAUUCGAAAAUCAGGAUGAUUUUUACAAGGCACUGGCAAUGGAAAGAUUAUAUUCUGUGAUUGCUCACAUUGACACACGUCCUCGAUUCAUGAGGCAUAUCCUUCACAGAUUGGGACGGUCAGUUGCUUCAGCGGAUGAUGCAGAUAGCCAGUCACAACGGUCGGCCGUCGGCUCACCACCAGCAGUUACUCUUAGCAUGAUGUCUGAUAUGAUUGUGCCAUGGCUGUUGCUCACGAACGGGAUUCACGAUAAUUUGGGAAGUGAUGUAGUGGACGAGCAUGGGACAGUCACAGAUGCAUUGCAAGAGAUGGCCAUUGAUAGCAUUGACAAUCAAUUGGAUCUGCAACCUGAUCGGAGCGACCGCACUGAGGGGAAGCAAAAGAGGACAACCUCACAUGCAUCUCCACCCAAGCAAGAUGGUGGCUGUGGGCCAUCAAAGUGUCCGAAAGAUGGCAUGGAAUUGCCAGCUUUCUUGACAACCCCAAUUCCAAUUGAAAUCACACCCACAGUAGCAUCGAUACCUGAGGUUUCUGAUAUCCCCAUUGAUGAGGAUCCUGAUGUGACCGGAGAAGAUGAUGAUGGAUCUUCCCUGGUUGAUGGUGAACAUGUUGAGAUUGUAGCAGAAGCAGACCAUGGUAAUGAAGUCGAAAACACAGCUGCUCCUGCCUAA